GAAAUUAAUCAACAUGGCCGCCAGUCUAAUUGGAAGGUGUGUGUGCCAAUGAAAAAAAAAAAACUAAAAAAAAACAAUAUAUAUAUUGUAUUAAAUCCAAAUCAUCAUAAAUUAUUGUGAAAAUUUAAUAAAUAAUAAUAAUUAUUUAUUGUGGAUUGAUAUUUAAUUAUUAAAAAACUAAUUAUUCAUUGAAAGUGAAGCAAAAAAGUAUUUUAUUCACGCCAAAGUCUUCCAAUAAUAUUCAACUCAAAAUGACUGCUCAUGACCAGAUGCGAGCAAUGCUCGAUCAACUUAUGGGUACAGGACGUAAUGGUGAGAAUAAUAAAUUUCAAGUGAAAUAUUCGGAUCCUAAAGUCUGCAAAAGUUUUCUAAUGGCAUGCUGUCCACAUGAGAUAUUAUCAUCAACUCGCAUGGACCUGGGAGAAUGCCCCCAGAUUCACGACUUAGCAUUGCGUGCUGAUUUUGAAGCUGCCCAAAAGAAAAAAGAUCAUUUUUAUGAUAUCGAUGCAAUGGAACAUUUGCAAAGUUUUAUUGCUGAUUGUGAUCGUCGUACUGAACAAGCAAAAUUACGUCUUGCUGAAACACAAGAAGAAUUAAGUGCUGAAGUUGCUGCAAAAGCAAAUAGUGUACAUGUACUUGCUGAAGAAAUUGGUAAAAAAUUAGCAAAAGCUGAACAACUUGGUGAAGAAGGUUUUGUUGAUGAAUCAAUGAAAUUAAUGAGUGAAAUUGAUGAUUUAAGAAAAAAAAAAACUGAUGCUGAACAAGAAUAUAGAAAUAGUAUGCCAGCAUCAAGUUAUCAACAACAAAAAUUACGUGUUUGUGAAGUAUGCAGUGCUUAUCUUGGUAUUCAUGAUAAUGAUAGACGUUUAGCUGAUCAUUUUGGUGGUAAAUUACAUCUUGGAUUUAUCAAAAUACGUGAAAAAUUAACUGAUUUAGAGGUAAAUAUUGAUGAAAGAAGAAAAGAAAAACGUGAAUCAAUGAUGGAUAGAGAUAGACAUCGUGAAAGAGAAAGAGAAGAACGUGAACGUGAUUAUCGUUGUGAUAAUAGAGGACGAGGUGGUGGUGGCCAUAAUGGAGGUGGUGGUCAUAACGGUGGUAACGGUUAUAAUGGUGGUGGACAUAAUGGUGGAGGUGGUGGUCAUAAUGGUGGUGGAGGUCUAGGAUAUAGAGAUCGUGAUCGUGAAAGAGAAAGAGAACGCAGAGAUAGAGACAGAAGACGAUCAAGAUCAAGAAGUCGUGGCAAAAGAGCAAGACGUUCACGCAGCAACAGCCGAAAUCGUAGAUCACAUUCACGACGAAGUGGAUCCAAUGAUCGUAAACGAUAAUUUAAUUAUCUUUUAUUUAUCAUUUCUUUUUUUUUUUUUUUUCGUUUUGGAUAAAGUUAUUCUAGACAAAUGACAUAAUUACUAAUGACUAUACGCAUUGAUAAAGAAAAAAAAAUGAAAAAACACGUUUUUUAAUCAUCACGUGCUCUCCCAGAUCAUCACCAGGAAGCAGACCUAAUGUAAGCUCACUUGUAAUCACAACUAUUUUGUUGUUGUUAUUAUUAUAUUAUUAUUAUUAUUAUUUGUAAUUAUUAAUAUUUUUUUUUUUUUAUUUAUUUAAUUUUUCUUUUCUUUUUUGUUGAGUUUUGUAAUCAUUUUUUUCUAAAAUUCAAUUUCCAGACCCAAUUAAUCAUUAUUUACAGUCUUUACUUUUUUUUUUUUAACAAUAAUUUAUUGUUGAAUUAUUAUAAAGACAAGACAUUUACUCUGACCUCUUUAUCUCUUGC